AUUUCCUUUAUCUCCCACCUCUUCGUCUUUCCUUUUCUUUUCUCUAUCGCCUAGGUUUCCUUUCCUCUAUCGCCGAUCGCCGAUCGCCGAUCGCCAUUAGGUUUCCUUCGUCUCCCACCUCUUCUUCUCUUUGCAAUGUAACCAGGUUCUUCCCUCUCUACAACAAGUAAGGAGAAGCUCAAAGGUAACCUAUUUAUUAUUUCUUCCCUCACCGCAGCACCACGGGUAGACUCGCCAGGCGACGAGGGUCGCCUAGCCAGGCGAUGAGGGUCGGCUCGCCAGUCGACGAGGGUCGGCUCGCCAGGCGACGAGGGUCGGCUCGUCAGGCGACGAGGGUCUGGUUCGCGUUGCCACAUUCUGACGACGAGAAGGAGGAGAUGGUGUCAGAGGAAGAGAUCAGCCUGUCUUCCUCUUCUGGCUCCCUCCCCACAUCCAAGGAAGAUAUCAACCAAUGAUGCCAAGUCAUUGCGAGAUAUGGCAUGGAAGAAAGAUUCUCGAAUUCGUGAUGCGUAUUUGGCUUGUGAGAGUAAGGGUGAGCAUGAAAGGUUGACUACCUUCCUGAAGUUGACGUACACCAGUACAAGGACAGGAUUACACAUUAUCCUUAUUGCUGCAGAAAUGGCACCAGUUGCAAAGGUUGGUGGUUUAGGGGAUGUUAUCACUGGUCUUGGUAAAGCAUUGCAGAGGAAGGGACACCUAGUGGAAAUUGUCCUUCCAAAAUAUGAUUAUAUACAGUAUGAUCUUAUUGCCGAUCUGAAGGCACUGGAUGUUGUGAUAGAGUCUUAUUUUGAUGGACAACUAUUCAGGAACAAAAUUUGGGUUGGGACUAUUGAAGGUCUGCCUGUUUAUUUAAUUGAGCCUCACCAUCCAGCCAAGUUCUUCUGGAGAGGAACAUAUUAUGGAGAGCAUGACGACUUCAAACGGUUUUCAUUUUUCAGUCGUGCUGCACUUGAGUUGCUCUAUGAAGCUGGGAAAAGGCCUGACAUAAUCCAUUGUCAUGAUUGGCAGACAACCUUUGUUGUAUGGACCAAAUCCUAUCUUCUUAAAUCGUGUUGUCUGAUGGUCAUUGAUUUCUAGUGAAAUUCAAUGAACCUUAGCUUUAUAGAUCUAUGGUUUAUUAACGUAAUCAGAUUUUUUUUUAAAAAUUUUAGGCACCACUUUAUUGGGACAUAUAUGCUGCAAAGGGUUUGAAUUCAGCUAGAAUUUGCUUUACCCGCCACAACUUUGAGCAUCAAGGAACAUAUAUAUGCUGCAAAGGGUUUUUAAAGCACGAGCACUAUUUUUGUUACUUUUCUUUUUAUUUAUUUAUUAUUUUGGUAGAGUUCAUAAAUACAUGUAUCAAUCUUUCAUGCUCUUUUAUGUUUGUUAAAGUAGUCUAUAUAUCUCGUUCAAAGCUUUACCAAUUUCUUUAUAUAUGUGCCCAUCCAUUAAAUUUCAAGUAGAAUUGGAGUUAAGGUUGGUGUGAAUAAACUCAGCUCUAUUAAGUUUGUGUAGUAUGCAUUUUCCCUAGUUGGUUUAAGUGAUAAUGAGAGGACUGAUUACCGAUGUUGAUUGAUAAGUAAAGUUUGUUGAUUUAUUUUGUUACUAAUGAUGUUUGCUUUGUUGGGGCACAUAUACUGUUAUGGAAAUAAAAACUUUUCAUUGUUUUCUUUGGUGUUUGUAAUUAACAGUAAGCGAAGACUAUUAUUAGGUGCAUAUGGAAUGAUACUUUGCAUUUUUCUCGUUUGGUAUGAUAUAUAAUAUUUUGAACUAUUUUUAUUAAUUUUGUAUCUUCAUUGUUUUAUUUCAUUUAUACAAAUAUAUACAUUGUAUUUGCAGGUGACAGGUACUUGGAUUUUUAUGAAUCAAUAUAAUGGUUGAAGAUGAUCCAUCUAAUCGAGUUUUUAUUUUACAAGACUUUGUUAGUAUUUACAAUUUAAUAUUUUGAGUGUAUUUGUAGGUUGUUUUGAAUGUAAAAGAUUUAUCAUUAGUAUUGUAUUUGUAAAUUUGACUCAAAUGAGUAUUGGAUGUAUAAAAAUAUCUAUGAGCCUUUUAAA